AUGGACAACGUGACCAGAAUUUCGACCUCAAACACAGACGCCGAUGUCGCCUUGCCGCAUGCCUCGUUGUUCGCAUACUUCCGUGGCCCUGCAGCUGUUCAUAAAGCGACAGAUACCGGUAUACUAUCCAAUGAGAACAGCCGUGGUACCAACGCGCAUCAACUGCUACGUCCGCCCAUCGAUUACGACGACGACGAAGAGUCAAGACUAGGCUUCUGGGGCGAAGUGGAUGGACCUAAGAGCUCGUCUGGAUCGUACUCAUUCAGCGAAAGCAGAUCAGCUUGGAGAGGAGCAGCCGCUUUCUGCUGUCUUUGGUGUGCGUUCUCGGUCAUUAUACUCGGCGCGUUUGGCCUAUAUCUCACUGUCGACCUUGCCUUCAGCCACUAUGGACUGGGUAUCGGGAUGGCGGAGUGGGUCAUGUACAGACAACAGCUCCCACCGAGCAACACCCGUGGGAUUAGGUUCUGCCUCGAGACUCCGAACCGCGAGGCACCUAGCCCACAGGCCUGGCACUACCUGAAAGCAGGCACCGGCGAUCGUUGUACGACCGUUACCAUCGACUUCAUUCUCAACUCAAAGGAAGCAUGGAAGGUUCAGCCAGAUGCGAUUCUGCUCCUGAGGGACGAUGCGUCAUACCUGGAUCAGCAUGAACAGAUUCGGGCACCCAUUAUCUCCCGAGAACAACCACAAGCUCUUAAGCUGGGUGACGAUGUUGCAGAAGAGGGUCACCUGGGCCAAACUGUUUGA